AUGGCAAGUCCUAAUCGCCUCCAGCUCGGGCCCUUCGACCCAGAAGCCGAGUUCGUCAGUAAGAACCAAAGCAUUGAACGGUUCCAGAUCCGAAAAGAAGACCUCAGUCGGUACGGGCUUAUCCUCGGUAAACUGCCAGUACUGCAGGUCUACAGCCACAUCAUGCUUUCUUUUGCCAUGCCCGAGGGGGUGUCACAAGACACUAUCAUCGCCGAUCCCGAGGCUGCAGUGCGCCAGAUCCGAUCCCAUGUGCCCUGGAUGGCCGGCAAAGUUGUUAAUGUUGGUAAAGGCCCGGGAAAUCUAGAGCGAUAUGUUGUUGCUCCACGCCCACCCCCAGAUCCUCUGAUUGUGGUGCGCGACUUCGCACGCCUUCCCUCUUGA